CUUCUUCUUUAUUCUUUUUUUUUUAACUUUAUCGCUUAGCAAACGAUCUAGUCGAAAGAAAUACAAACACCCCUCUUUUAUCAACUGACGAAAAGAAAAGACCAAACGUCGAUUUUACGCGAAACCUAACAUAUUCUCUCGACCUCGACCUUUUUUUUUUUUCUUCUUUUUUAUUAUUUGUACCAUCAUCCUUCCAUUCCUUGUAUCAACUUUUUUUUAUUACAUACCCAACACAAUCGUUUUAAAACAAUAACAUGCGUACUACACUUCUCGCCUUGGCUGCUAUCGCCCAACUUGCUCUUUCAGUAACUGCUGAACCUGAACCAUACAAGGUUCCUUUGUAUCGUCGUUCUAAUGGUGUUAUUUCAGCUGCUGGUAAAGCUCUUGACAAUGGUGUGCUUGCUGGUACUGUUCAAAUUGGUACUCCUCCUCAAGAAUUCACUGUUGCUUUCGAUACUUCUUCUGGUUACUCUUGGGUUCGUGGAUCUAGAUGUAAAACCGAAAACUGUCUCGACCGUUGUACUUAUUAUGCUAGACGAUCUACUACCAGCAAACCUACCGGUCAAAAGUUCUCUGUCAAAUAUGGUGAUGAAUGUGUUGACACUCAUAUUUACUUGGAUACUGUAGAAUUCUCUGGUAUCAAGGUUCACAACAUGCCUUUUGGUGGUGCUUAUCGUAUGAGUGGUUUCGAUCACGGUUUUGAUGGUUAUCUCGGUCUUGGUCCCUCCGUUAACUUCAACAACACCAAGUUGACUCUUGGUUCUAGUCGUCAUCUUGCUAAACGUGAUGAUUUACCUCCUUCUGCCUUUGUGCCCAAUGCUUAUCAACAAGGUGCUGGUGUAGGUAGCUCUCAAUUCGGUAUGUACACUACUGAUAAUGGUGCUGGUUUUGAUCAAAACGGUGGUUCUACUGGAUCUACUGGAUCUACCGGUUCUACUGGUUCUACUGGUACUGUUCCUCCUCCUGCUACCAAUGGUACUACUACUCCUCCUCCUGCUACCAAUGGUACAACGACUCCUCCUCCUGCUACUACUUCUCCUUCUAAUGGUGGUACCACUGGUAAUACUGGUGGUGUGACUUCUGGUGGUUUUGGUUUCAGCAAACGACACAAUACUCAAGAACAAAAACCUGCUGGUUAUCUUGUGAUUGGUGGUAUUGAUAAAUCUGCCAUCGAAGGUGAUGUGAAUUACUUACCUUUGGCCGACAACAAGAAUGGUGGUGCCAAGAACUGGGAUGUAUGUAUUAAACACGCCAAGAUCGGUAAGGAACUUCCUUUACCUCAACAAGACAAUGCUAUUGCUGCCAUCAGUACCUCUAGUCCUUAUAUUAUCAUGCCUAAAUGUCAAGCCGAUGAAUUCAAGAAAACCUAUGGUGGCAAGUUCUAUCAAAAGUCUGGUACUUAUAGCGUCAAGUGUUCUGAAAUCAAGGACCUUCCUCCUUUGAAAUUGACUUUGGAAAACAAGGUGGUUCAAUUGCCUGCUAAAUACUGGACUCGUGAAAUUGAUGCUGAUCGUGAUUGUUGUGAAGUUCUUUUGGCCAAGGGUGCUUCUACUACUGAUUGGGUGCUUGGUGUUCCCUUUACCAAUGCUUUCUAUACCACCUUUGAUGCUGAAAAUGAACAACUUGGUUUGGCUAUCAAGAAAGGAAAUAGCGAUAAGGAUCUUCAAAUCUAUGAUGCUUAGGUUUUUUUUUUUUUUUUUUUUUUAGUUCUCCCCUGUUUUAGAUUUAGUCCUCCUUAUUAUACAUCAUCUUUACUCCUCUCUCUUUUCUUGUAGAACUUCAUUCUCUCCCUUCUUUUUUAUUAUUAUUCUUUUUAUUUCUUCUCCUUCCUUUUUGAUAUCUGUACGUUUGAUCUAUCUUUGUCUCUUUUUUUAUUUUUGAUGAAAAUGAAAAAAAAAAAAUUGAAAAAAAAUAUAUAUAUACACAUAUACAUAUUCUUUCUAUUAUUUUAUUGUCC